CUGGAAGCCGUUCAAAAAUCUCGUUCAAUACAUGAGGGAAAUUCGGCGUUUUUAUCGCAAAGUAUAAAUAAAAUGUAUAAAUAUUUUCGUUAAAGUCUUCUGAUUGACUGCCGAUAAGAACAGAAGUAGACCAUCUGGCAGAGAUAAGGCCACUUCGCAUAUUCCCCGCAGUCAGCCGCUGUCCAGUCAGGUGUCUAGCGUUGGGUUCUUGAAAAGAGGCUUCAUGGAGGGGUUCGUUUGUUUUGGUUUGGAGUUUUAGGUGUCUUCUUUCUUUAGUUUGGCGUUAAGGCCGAGAAUUAGAAGGAUUUUGAGACAAUGGUUAAUGAAUCAGAGGCUAAUCAAGGUACACCUGAAAUUGUACAUUCAAAUCAACUGCUCAAGGGAUUGAAUCAACUUCGCCAGCGACAUGAACUGUGUGAUGUUGAACUUUGUGCCGGAAAAAACAGAGUUUCAGCUCAUCGUGUAGUCUUGUCGGCGUGUAGCCCAUACUUUAAUGCCAUGUUCACAGGAAAGCUCCUUGAAAGCCAGAAACAAGUCAUUUAUUUGAAAGAUAUCGACGAAAGUGCCCUUCAUAUUCUAGUCGAUUUCGCUUACACAGGAAAAGCUCAAGUUACACAGGAAAACGUCCAAGUUUUGCUGCCAGCUGCCAACAUGUUGCAGUUAAACAGGGUCAAGGAGAUAUGCUGUCACUUUCUCAGCCAACAGCUUCAUCCUAGCAACUGUUUAGGAAUCAGCAAGUUUGCAGACGCGUACUCUUGUCAAAGUCUGCAAAAAAGAUCUAGGAAGUACAUUCAAGAUCACUUCCAAGAAGUUAUCCAGUACGAGGAAUAUCUCCUCUUGUCACCUUGUCAGCUGACGGACCUACUCCGCGACGAUAACCUAAACGUUGUUUCAGAACAAGUUGUGUUCGAAGCAGUUCUAUCUUGGAUUAGGCACAAACUCCAGGAGAGAAUAUCGCUUCUUGGAAAACUACUUCAGAACGUCCGUUUACCUUUGUUGACGUCGCGUUUUCUUACACUGAGCUACGAGACAAAUGAACUUAUUCGGGCAGAUAGAGCAAGCCAAGUUUUGUUACAUGAUGCUUUAAAUUACAGACAUAUUCAAGGGAAGUGCCCUUCUUUUAGCACCACAGUCAUCCCUCGACGUGCGCCGAAGCGAAUCUUUGCCUUGGGGGGUAAAAAUGGUCUUUUUGCAACUUUGAGUAGUGUAGAAUAUUAUGAACCCGAGAGGGACAAAUGGAUUGAAGUGUCCAGCAUGAAUCUAAGAAGAUUCGAGUUUGGAGCAGCAGUAUUAGAUGGUAGGUUUUUGUUUCGACUCGAUCAAGACAACACAGGUGAACUUCAAUGAGAUAUAGUUUCACUUCUAACAACAUACUUUCCGAUAAUUAUAUCAUGUUCAUUGUAGAUUUCAGACAUAAAACCCUUGUAGGGUUUUAUGAGAAAUUAAUCGUGAGAUCUUUUGAUCCUAAUUUUAUUACCAGUUACACUCGUUUGUUCAAGGGUAAAGACAAUUUUAAGUCUGCAAACAAAAUUUCAUGAGUCGAGGAGGCAAAGCUCUGAAUAUUUUUAAUUAGAGAGCAUAUUUCUUAGACUUUGGAACAAACACAACAUUUUCCAUGCCCAUUGCUAUCCUUAAAGAGUUGCAAUUUUAUUUCAAGCGAUUUAUAACUUCAUCAAAUACUUCACAUUUCCAUGUCCUUGACAUUGUUGAGCAUUUUUUCCCGUUUCAUAUGCUGAACUUUUCUUUAAUUAGUACAUUUUAAUCUAAAUUUAGACUAGCUCAAAUGAUCAAAUGUCAGCCAGUUUACUCAGGUGGUGAAUUAAAUUAGAUAUUCACAAUGCAUUGCUAAGAUUUUCAGCAGUCUCAGGAAAAACUUUUUAUCAUAAUUUAUGUGUUAAGUUUGACACAUCGUUAGUUCAGACUUUGAGUCAAAGCAUUUAUAAGGUUGUUCCUACUAUCAGUAAGUAGUAUGGCUUGGCAAAUCAAACUUAAGGUAUCUCAUCUUAUAAUUGAUCCAGAAGCUGAAAUUGUAUUAGACUUUCAUCAAGGCACUGGUUUCAGUUUUGAAAGUGUGCCAUCUUAACAAGACUUUCCCUUUGACCAUUUUAGUUGCUAUGUCACAACAAUGUAAUGCUCAUAAAUCUUCUUCUUCCUCUUAAAGAUUGUCAUACAAUCCAAUACACCAGUUUGUAACCAUUAGUAGUUACUGCACCUAUCUUAAGUGAAUGUUAUGUUAAUAUAGCUGUAUCUCACAGGUAAACUGUAUGCUGUGGGUGGCUUGGUGUGUGGUGUUGGUGUCCACAGUGGAGCACCCUUCAGGUACUGUGACAAUGGAAGUGAAUGUUUUGAUCCUGAUACAGGGCAAUGGAGUAGAGUACCUCCUAUGAAUCAGUGUCGCAGCAACCACACAGUGCAACCAUUAGGCAAGUAACUUUUGACUUUUGAUAAAAUGCUUCAGUUAUAUCUGUGCUGUGUGUCUUGUAAGUGUUGGAGGGUGGAUGGCAUUUGUAUGAUACUUCUUAGGCCAGCUCUAGGUUAUUACUUUUUCUACCAACUAAACACACACUUUAGUUGUGUGAGCAGGAGGUACAUCAUUGCCAUUAUCAACAUCACACUGCUAAAAAAGUUGGCAGGGUACCAUACUAUGGUUUAAAUUUUUUUUUUCCAAUAGUCAGUGUUGAAUUUCACUAACUUUAUUAGGCAAGUUCAGUCUUGGUAGGAAACUCGUUGUCUUUUACCAACAGGUGGGUACCUUUAUUCUCUUGGUGGUUAUGAUGGUAACUCUUACCUCAACACAGUGGAGUGCUACAAUAGUCGUACCAAACAGUGGAGUCAUGUGGUGCCAAUGCACUACAGUCGCAGCUGCUUUGCCACAGCAGCAUGUGAUGGAUAUCUUUAUGCUCUGGGAGGAUACGGGCCAUCUUAUCUCCGAACUGUUGAAAGAUAUGAUCCUGCUUCAAAUUCAUGGGAAAUGAUGCCAGCAAUGAGCACCUAUAGAAUUAAUUUUGGUGUUGGAGUUUUGAAUGGAUGUCUUUAUGUUGUUGGUGAGAUUAAUAUUUGAUAUGUAAAUUGUGAAUUUUUUCAGAUGUGACUGUUUCAUCCAUUGUGAAGAAUUGUCAGAAUUCAUUCAAUGUACUUUAACAGAAGUUUAAUGUUAUGCUUUAAAUGUGAUUCAUGAUAAUUGCAAUUUAUGCAGCCAAAUUCAUUUGUCAUUUUCAUCUUGCACUAGGCGGUCACAAUGGGGUGUCCCAUUUACGAAGUGUGGAGCGUUUUGAUCCGUUGUCUAGUGAAUGGACUAUGGUGGCACCUAUGAGUCGACCACGAACAGGUCUUAGUGUUGCUGUAUUGAAUGGAUUUUUGUAUUCAGUUGGAGGACAUGAUGGAUCAGGUUACCUCAAUCUUGUUCAGUGCUAUGAUCCAAAUACAAAUACAUGGCACAAUGUCAAAAGCAUGUGUUCAAGUCGUUGUAGUUUUGGUAUAGCGACUCUUUAACUUUUGUUACAAUAAAAUAAAACAUGCAGUGAGAACUCUUUUGUUCUAAUGGACAGAAAAUAAUUAUUAAGAAUUGAUAGCCCUCAAUAAUUCAGUCAUUGGCAGGAUGGUAAAUAUAAUUUUAUAACCUUUAUUUUUUCUCUAAUGUUUAAUGCUCUUGAUUUAAGACGCUUAAACAAUCCACAAAUAUUGGAAGUUAAUCAGCCAUAAACUUAAAGUUACAAAGAAAUAAUCUUAGGUUUUAUUCAGCCAAGGAAGGGUUAUUUUGGGUGACAUGAACAUAAAAUAUUAGAAGAAUUCAAGGAUUUUAUUCUUUGACUAAAAUAAUUAUUUACAUUUGAUGUGUACCCAAGCCUGGUGCAAGCAGGCAGGCAGCCAUGUCAGUGGUUGAAACUUUUACAUGUACAGGUCUUAUGGGUUUCAUUGUUAUUACUUGGAAAUCUAAGAAUUGAGGGUGAGCUGACUUCUCUUUCUAAAUUUAGGAGUGGUAGUGAUAUAUUUUAUCUACAGACUGUACCAUGGCCAGCCAGCUGAACUAUUUGUGGUAAUGAUAAAGAUUCUCCUUAGCACAAUUGUACAUCAUUGAUUAUGCAUUAACACUCACACUUGUCUGGAAGAAUCCUUUUAUUUUAACAAUACAAAAUCUCAUUAAAUUCUUUUUGUUUAGGGUGUGAAAUAUGUUAAGUUCCUGUUAGUUAUUAGUGCAGCCAUUUCUCUCUGUUUGUUUCUGAAAGACAUAACUUAUGAAAUAAUAUCAACACAAUGUGCUAAUUAACAAUAUUAUUACUUGUGCGAAUGAAGAUUUACUCUCAAGUAAUGAUGAUGUGAAGUUAUCUUGAUGCAAAUAAUGUUUGUAUCACUUUCAUACAAUUUAUUAGGGAUUAUACUUCCUUGUUUUGUUCAUUAUUACUGUCAUGUAAGAUAUUCCUUAAUUAAAAGGCCCUGAAUUUGGUGUAUUUCAUGCUGUCUGUACAUGUUAAUCAUAUGAUCUGCUUGGAGGCAAAGAUUGCUAGUAUCAGAAAUAGUUGAACUUAGGUUAUCUGAUGAAAACAGAAGACCCAUUCUAAUCCAAAUUCCUGCUAAUUGCCAUGAAGUGUGUACCUUAUGCCUACUUCUAGGAAUUGCAAAAUAAGCUCUCUGAUUUUCUUUUUCACUGAUCCACUAUCCAUUUGGAGUUACGUUAAGUUUGUAGUAACUCCAUCAUUUUUACCAUAUUUGUACUAAUUAGAUAUAAUGGCUGCUGAAUUCACAAGUCUUUCUUGGAUUGUAUAUUAGUAGUGCAGUUGAAUGCAGUAAUUGAGACCAUUACAUUCAUACAUUAGGGAAAAAAGUUUGUUUUUAUUGUAACAUCCUAUACCUCAGGUGGCUCUUAAAGAAACUGUCA